CCACCCUGCCAGCUUGGAGAAAGCAUUUGUUCCUUUGAAUUACUUCUCCAAGCCAGCUGGCAACUCGGAGAAUGCAUUUAAAGUUAAAGUUGCUUUCUUUCCUCCUCUCCCUUCCCCCCCCCACCUUAUUUGCCUGCCUUCCUUGCGGCUCUCAAACAUUUGACACUCAUGUCCUGCGGCUCUCAAACAUCUGACAUUUAUUCCGUGUGGCUCUUAUGUUAAGCAAGUUUGGCCGCCCCGGUCUUAAAAUCUCAAAGAUCUGCGCAAGUUCACUCGUUCUAACUACCACCCGAGAAUCGCCCUACGCACGCCUCUCGGUCUGCGCCUGCGCCCUACAGCCCGGAAAAGGAGCUUCGCAGGCGCGUGCCGCUCGACUGUCUCCUCGGCGCCCUUCCCGUCUCCUCUGCAGCGGGCUGCGAUGGUGUUCCUCUCGCCCGCCCUUUGGAUCCGGACCCGCCUGACUGACCGCUUCUGGAGGAAGCAGGAGGUGCUCCAGUAUGCCCGGCACUUCCGUGGACGGAAGAACCGUUGCUACAGCUUGGCGGUCCGAGCAGUCCGCAGAUCUUGGGUCUAUGCUACAAAUGCCAGAUCCCUGAAAAAGAGGAACAUGCGGGAGUUGUGGGUGACGAGGGUCACGGCAGGCACUCUUGAACACGGCGUGAAGUAUCACAAUUUCAUCAGCAAUCUUUAUAAGUGUCAGGUGGAACUGAACAGGAAAGUCCUUGCUGACAUGGCGAUCUAUGAACCGAAGACAUUCAAGUCCUUGGUGGCAUUGGCUAAAAGGAGGGGAGAAGAAGGCCUGGUCGCCGCUAAGGAAGGAAAAGAACCGGAGGGAAUAUUUUCACGCUAUGUGCCGUAUUCCUAAAGCUGUGGUUGUCGGCUGUGCUAAAAGGGAACACUUUGGUUUUGCAAAACAUAGUCUCAGGGUGUAAAGCAAAGCAAGUCAGAUCCCUGACUGGGGUGGGAUCAUCCUUUCUUGCUUUGAAGGUUAUAACCCACUCUGUGUUGCAAUUAAAUUUUAAGAAUGCUUGUAUUUUCAACACUAGAUCAGGAAAGCCAGCAAUUUUGUCUCGAGCAAAGAACUUUUCUCCUCCUAGUGUAAACAGUGACUUGGGCCUUUGGCCACUUCAUUUCCUCAUUACAAUUUUUCUCUUGUUUAAGAUUAAAUGCCUCCCUUUAUUCAGCUGCAGAAGAGAAGGUUGCAGAGUCCGUUGUCUACGAUGUGGCUUGAGAGGAACAGUUGAAAUGCAUCAGAAGCUACGUCAGGAGCCAGGGAAGAGCAGAUUAGGUCUUCUAGAUGCAGAUCCUGAAUUAAUUGAGACCUUUUGUCUCAUGAUUAAUUAAUUUGUGAGCCGCCCUGAGGCUGCCUUCGGUGGGGAGGGCAAGAUAUAAAUCAAAUAAAUAAAAAAAAAUAAGUCUUUCUCCACUAUACUUUUAAUUAAAAGGACUGUUGAAAUUG